AUGGCUGACGGACGCAGAGGUCGUGGUAGACCCAGAACCCAGAAUUCGGACUCUGAACCGCCAAGUGGUAGUGAAGGUUUUCAAUGGCCUCAGUUUAUGCAACAAAUGCAACAACAACAUAAUCAAUUCAUGCAACAGAUGAUGCAACAGUGGAAUGGUGGUUUGCAUCCUCAGGGAGUUCCACAAGUAGCUGCAGUGCAUUGUAGUGAAGAAAAUAAGGUUGUGUUUGCUUCUCACAUGAUGAAGGGUUCAGCUGUAAGAUGGUGGGAGAGUGCUUCGAUUCUUAUGACCAAUCAAGGAAUACCUAGAGAUUGGGAGCAUUUUAAGGCUAUUUUCUUGGAUAAUCCCAAGAGAGGAGGGCAAGUUUUGAGGUGUUACAAGUAUUUUCCUAGUUCUUUGAGGACUCAGAAGGAGUUUGAAUUUCAACAGCUCAGGCAGGGAACUAUGUCAGUAGCUGCGUAUGCUGAAAAGUUCGAAGAUAUGGCUGCGUAUUCUAGACAAGUCGCGUACGCACCUGAUGAGAGUUUGAAGAAGGUUCAAGAAGAAAUGGAUCAGUACAGGAGUGGGCUGAGAGACCAAGGAAGGCCAGGAAACCAGUUCAAGCCUAGAUCUCAGGCUUUGAAAGGGAAACAGGUGCAACAUGCAAGACCUAACCAACCUCCUCAAUGUCAAGUAUGUAAGAAGUAUCAUUUUGGAAAAUGUACUGUAAGUGGAAUUAGGUGUUUCACUUGUCAGAGGGAGGGACACAUGUCUAGGGAAUGUCCUCAGAACAAGAAUCAGAUGCAGGGGAGAAGCGUCGGUCGAGUUUAUACUUUGGAGGCAAGGAAAGCUAAGAGCAAUAAUGCCUUAAUUGCUGGUACGUGUCUCGUCAAUGAUCAUCCUUGUUUUGUAUUAUUUGAUUGUGGGGCGACACACUCUUUUGUAUCAAUUCGGUGCAUGAAGCGUCUUGGCUUGCAAGCAAUUCCCUUGUCACCUCCUAUGGUGGUUACUACCGCCAUGGAUGAUGUGGUUGAGACACCGUUGAUUUGUGAAAAUUGUUCGCUCUCGGUAAAUGGUAGAGUUUUUCAGAUUGAUCUUAUUUGUUUACCACUUAAGAAGGUUGAUGUGGUUUUGGGGAUGUAUUGGAUUUCUGCCCACUCGGUGUUUAUUGGUUGUGAAGAGAAGUUGAUUAUCAUUCCAUCUAGUGAAGCUACUCCAAAGGAUGUGUUAACUAGAAUCUUGGAAGGUACGGUUGGCAUGGUUAAUUUCUUGUUUGAGAAUGAAAAGUCAGUUCUCUUGGCUCUUACCAAGGAAUCUAGCGAUAAUCUGAAUGUUACACAAAUCCCUAUUGUUUGUGAAUUUCCGGAAGUUUUUCCUGAGGAUGUCUCCACUCUUCCUCCUGAAAGGGAAGUGGAAUUCUCUAUUGAUCUGGUACCUGGGACGGCUCCAAUCUCCGUCUCUCCGUAUCGCUUGGCGCCACUAGAGUUGACAGAGUUGAAGAAUCAAUUGGAAGAGUUGUUGACCAAGCAUUUUAUCCGACCGAGUGUCUCACCAUGGGGAGCUCCAGUGUUACUAGUAAAGAAGAAGGACGAUAGUAUGCGGUUGUGUAUUGAUUAUCGUCAAUUGAAUAAAGUUACCAUCAAGAACAAGUACCCUCUGCCUCGGAUAGACGAUUUGUUAGAUCAGUUGAAAGGAGCCUGCGUGUUCUCGAAGAUUGAUCUAUGA